AUGGUCCCCGGAGGCCACCGCCGCCGCGCGGGCCCGAGAGGUGAGGGUGUCCCCGCGGCCCCCUGGACGCGUCGGGAGGCGCGCGGCGCAUCGGGGCAGCGAGCGCAGAGCGGGAUGCCAGCGCCGUGGAGCCCCCAGAACCCGGGCAGAGCCCCGGAGCCCGACCGCGACGCCAACGCCACACCAUGGAGACCUUGGAUCCUCACAUCCCAAGAAGCUGAGCUGACCAGAACUGGAAGCCCGCUUGAAACUGGAGGUGACCCACAAACUCCGGGAUCAAAGGGGGCCUUUGGGUUUCAGCAUCCUGUAAGACUUUAUUUACCCAUUUCAAAGCGCCAAGAGUAUCUGCAAAGUUCUGGGGAAAAAGUGCUGGCCAGUUUCCCAGUGCAAGCCACAAUCCACUUCUACAACGACGAGUCCGAUUCAGAUGAUGACGAGCAAGAGGCAGAAAACCAGACUUCCCACCUUCAGCGCCGGGAGACGCAAGGUCUGGCGGAGAACAGCCCGGGAGGGAAGGGCAGAGGUCAGCCGACAAACCCAGGAUGGAGUUCUGUAGGACACAGUGGCCUUGGUGGGAAGGGUCCACUCCCUCAUGGUGACCCUCUGGAGGGCACAGAUCCUGCCUCACCCAAAUAAAUGGGGUCUCCCUCCCCCACACCAGACUGGGCUCACAUGCGCUCUGGGGGACAGCUGUGCAUUUCCCCUGGUGUUCGGGGGUCGGUGACUGUCUCUGACCUGCGCUCCAGGCACAGCAAGAACUUGGCUUGUAACUUUCCUGCUCCUGGUGAUUCUCUCGAGGGCACUCAUGCACACCAUUGGAAAAGGUUUCUAGAACCAGGAGGUUUGUGUUAACAUGGGGUAUCAUCAGAUGGAACCAGAUUUCAAAGCAUGUUCAUCUUGUCGCUCUGUCCUCAAAUGACAGGUCAUUCCUGUACAGAUUAAUAACCCACCGAUGCCUCCCACUUGACCUCAGACUCGUUAUGUAGCUAAUUCUAGUUUUGUAAGCAAAAGAAUUUAGACGUUGUCCAAGGGUGGAUGUGUUUGCUUCGUGGCAUUUCAAAAAUAUUUAUGAAAAAUAAAACUGAAUAAUUUCCGUAAGAGCAACAGAAACUUUAAAUAUGGAUUUUUAGGGGAACAAUUCUGGUUAAAGAUUUAUGAUCCUUGUCUAAAGUCUGAGCGUGUGAGGAUAUAGAGAAAAGAGCUUUAACUCUUAGUUGGGAACUGGUUUGGGCUUGUUACUUGAAUAAGAUAACACUGUUUUCAAUCAGACUAUCUAAUAUAAGAUUAUUUUCAUUUUUUUAUAUUUUGAUGAUCAAAUGAUUAUGUUCUACAAGUUUAUUACUUAUAUGUGAUUGUCUUCCUAUAUAUAGUACAUUACAUAAGUUUAUACUUGAAAUAAAUAUUUUGAAAG